AUGCUAGGUACCGAGAAGGUCGAUGACCAAGAGGGUCAAGUGUUUGCUGGUGAAGUUCAUGAUGACCCUGGUCAUGCUCAUGAUGCUGUUUUCGGAAGACUCACUGAUGAUGGCCCAAACUACCGCAAUGUCGGUUGGGUGGGCACAGCUGGUCUGAUGAUGAAGACACAGCUUGGUCUUGGAAUCUUGUCUAUCCCGUCUGUGUUCGACACGCUGGGAAUGAUCCCUGGCCUCAUCUGCCUUUGUGUUAUAGCUGCAAUCACGACCUGGUCAGAUUACAUAGUCGGCACUUUCAAGCUUCGGCAUCGUGAAGUCUACGGUAUUGAUGAUGCGGGUGGCCUGAUGUUCGGUCGUGCUGGUCAGGAAAUCUUUGGCUUUGCCUUUGGUCUCUACUGGACAUUUGUUUGCGGAUCAGCAAUGCUCAGCGUGUCAAUUGGCUUCAAUGCGGUUUCUAACCACGGAACUUGUACUGCCGUCUUUGUCGCAAUUGCAGCUAUCACUGGCUUCAUCUUUGCCAGUAUCCGAACACUGGGAAAACUAAGUUGGCUCGCUUGGCUGGGAUUAAUCUGUGUCAUCUCUUCUGUCAUCAUCCUUACAAUUGCCGUGGGUAUACAAGAUAGACCUGCAGCUGCACCCAAAGACGCAAUUUGGGUAUCAGACUACGAGCUCUUCAAAAAGCCAAGCUUCACCAACGCUAUGUCUGCCAUCUUCAUCAGUGCCUGCUAUAUCGCAAUCGGCUGUGUGGUAUACUAUUUCUGUGGCUCGUAUGUUGCUUCGCCAGCUCUCGGAUCCGCAGGUGUCUUGAUCAAGAGAGUCAGUUAUGGGAUCGCACUUCCUGGACUGAUAGUCACUACUAUGUUGACUUGCCAUCUGGCAAGUAAGCAUGUCUUUGUGCGUGUCUUGCGAGGCUCCAAGCACCUUGCGGCCAAUACGUUCACCCAUUGGGCUUCUUGGAUAGGAUGUACCUUCGGUAUCACAGUCGUUGCGUAUGUGAUAGCUAGUGGUAUACCCAUCUUUGGUGGGCUCGUUUCUUUGAUCGGAGCAUUGCUUGCUACAUCACUGUCAUUCCAGCCUAUGGGGUGUAUGUGGCUCUACGAUAAUUGGAAGCGUGGGAAGCAAGAUCGAUUGAUCACUUGGUCCAUCGGAGUACUCUGGAGCAUUACAAUUAUCCUUUUGGGGACUUUUCUAACUAUUGCUGGGACAUAUGCUUCUGUGGUUGACAUUAUAGCCUCAUACAAAGUAUCUGGAGGUUCAGCAGCCUGGUCAUGUGCUGACAACUCUGGCUCUUUGUAG